AUGUCUGAAAACGUUCGCUCCAUGAAAGGUUUGGAUUUAUGCGAGAGAUUUUAUCAUCAAAUCGUUACUAAUAUUCUCUACAAGAGUGAUUUUGGCAAUUUCAAUGAAAAUCAUUCAGCUGCCUUAAUUGGUUAUGGUAGUGAAGUGUUGGGAUUUGAUACAGAGAUGAGCAGAGAUCAUGAUUUUGCUCCGAGAGUUAUUUUAUUCCUUACCGAUGAGUAUGAAGAAUUUUCAGAUAAAAUCAAGAUGGAAUUAGAUGAGAAGGUUCCUUCAAUUUUUGAAGGAAUUCCAUGUCGGAUGAGAUAUCAAGAAGAUCCCAAUUCAAGAACUUCAUCUGAUGAUAAUUUGGGAGAUUUACUGAUUCAGAUUACAACUAUUGAAGAUUACUUUUCAAAUUAUCUUCUCAAACGAACGAAUAAUGAUGGAACUAGUUAUUCGAAAUGGUUGAUAGAAAUUUUGAAUGGGGAUUACACGUAUUGGUUGUCAAUUCCUCAGCAAAAAUUAUUGGCGAUUGGACAAGCUGGAAGAAUCUAUCAUGAUUGUGGAAUUCUGAAACCUAUUAGAGAGUUAAUUGGAAAUUACUAUCCAGAUAUUGUUUGGAUUUAUCAAAUAAUGAUACAACUUUCCAAAAUUUCACAGGAAGCUCCAUUUGUUGGAAGAUGUGGAGUUGUGGGAGAUAGACUUGGAUGUUUUGUUCUGGUUGGGAAAAUAGUUAGGGAAAUGAUGUGUUUGUGUUUCUUAUUGGAAAGAAAAUAUUAUCCUUAUUCGAAAUGGUUUGGAAGUGCUUUUAGUGAGCUCGAAUCGAGUAAGGAGUUGAAACAAGCAUUGGAAAUGGCCAUUCGACCAAGUGAUUCCAUAUUAGAUCAGUCAGAAAAUUGGUGGAAGAUUGUUGAUGGUAAUAUGGCAACUUGUUACAAAAUUAUCAUCAAACUUUUGAAUGACUUUUUGGUUGAGUAUUUAAGAAAAUCAAAGAAACUUCCAGAAGAGUACUUGAUACCAUUCAACGUUGAUGAAAUUGUUUGUCAAUUCUGGGGAAGACCAUUUACGUCUUUUGAUCAUUUGGGAAUUUUGAAUGGUAAAUUAAGGGCAUGGAUUGAAUAUUAUAGGAAUGACAGUAAUCAGUCAGUUAAAAACUUUGCCCUUUUCGUGGAAAAGUCACAACCACUCAAGGGAGCAAUUGAUCAAGUGAUUAACCAAGUAGAAAUUCUUGAAUCUAGUGCAUGUUAUCAAGAUUUUCAUUCUUUUCAAUAA